CUAUAUGCUACAAUGAAUGCGGAAUUUUGUGGUGUGGUUUGCGUCAGUAUCUUAAAAGUAUCUAUUAUUUCACUCUCUAUAUAAACCCUCUAUCCUUCAUCACAUUCACUCACUCUCACUUUUCUCUAUUCCGUUCCAGAUAACACUCAACCCUACCCUCCCCAAUCCACCCAGCUUUUCCUUCAAGUGAGAUGGCAUCCUUGCAUGCCAAUGUGACAUCAGUUGUUUGCAAAAGUGGCAACAAUGCUUCUCAACCGAAGUUCCCAAGUACUACAUUUUUGCCUGGGUUUGAUGUAGCUGGAUGCAUUUCAAGUGCUUGGAAGAAGGAACUUGUCCCUUCUUACGUGGCUUCGGUACCUAGAGCAACAUUAACAUUUGAUUCUCAAACAACCAAUUCGGACAAAACCAAACAAAAGAAGCACACCGUUGACCCUGCUUCCCCCGAUUUUCAGCCUCUUCCUUCCUUCGAACAGUGCUUUCCUAAGAGCACGAAAGAGUACAGGGAAGUCAUUCAUGAAGGAACUAGUCAUGUGCUCAGAGUUCCAUUUCGACGAGUUCACCUCUCUGGGGAUGAAGGACACUUUGAUAACUAUGAUACAAGUGGUCCCCAAAAUAUAAGCCCAAGUAUUGGACUCCCCAAGUUGCGCGCACAGUGGGUUGAUAGGAGAGAGAAACUUGGUACACCAAGAUUCACUCAAAUGUACUAUGCUAAGCAAGGGAUCAUUACUGAGGAGAUGCUUUAUUGUGCCACUCGUGAGAAGCUUGACCCGGAGUUUGUGAGGUCAGAAGUUGCUCGUGGACGAGCUAUCAUCCCGUCCAACAAGAAGCACUUGGAGUUGGAGCCUAUGAUAGUUGGAAGAAAUUUCUUGGUGAAGGUAAAUGCAAACAUUGGAAAUUCUGCAGUUGCUAGCUCUAUCGAAGAGGAAGUUUACAAGGUUCAGUGGGCAACUAUGUGGGGAGCCGACACAGUCAUGGACCUCUCAACAGGUCGCCAUAUCCAUGAAACUCGUGAGUGGAUCUUGCGCAACUCCCCCGUGCCAGUUGGGACCGUACCUAUUUAUCAAGCACUUGAAAAAGUUAACGGCAUUGCUGAAAACCUUAGCUGGGAGGUUUUCAGGGAUACACUGAUUGAACAAGCCGAGCAGGGUGUUGAUUACUUCACUAUCCAUGCUGGUGUUCUACUUAGGUACAUUCCCUUAACAGCGAAACGCAUGACAGGAAUAGUUUCCAGAGGAGGAUCCAUUCAUGCAAAGUGGUGCCUUGCUUAUCACAAAGAGAAUUUUGCUUAUGAGCACUGGGACGAAAUACUUGACAUCUGCAAUCAGUAUGAUAUAGCACUAUCCAUUGGUGAUGGGCUAAGACCUGGAUCCAUAUAUGAUGCGAAUGACACCGCUCAAUUUGCUGAGCUCUUGACGCAAGGAGAACUGACACGUAGAGCAUGGGAAAAGGAUGUUCAGGUGAUGAAUGAAGGACCUGGACAUAUUCCAAUGCACAAGAUUCCUGAAAACAUGCAGAAGCAGCUAGAAUGGUGUAAUGAAGCACCCUUCUAUACUCUUGGUCCACUAACAACUGAUAUUGCCCCUGGUUAUGAUCACAUUACCUCUGCUAUUGGUGCUGCCAAUAUUGGGGCACUUGGUACAGCUCUUCUCUGCUAUGUAACUCCAAAAGAACAUCUCGGUCUACCAAAUCGUGAUGAUGUGAAGACCGGAGUUAUAUCUUACAAGAUAGCUGCUCAUGCUGCUGACUUAGCAAAGAGUCAUCCACAUGCUCAAGCAUGGGAUGAUGCACUGAGCAAGGCAAGAUUUGAAUUCCGAUGGAUGGAUCAGUUUGCUUUGUCUUUGGAUCCAAUGACGGCCAUGUCCUUCCAUGAUGAAACAUUGCCAUCUGAAGGCGCAAAGGUAGCCCAUUUCUGCUCUAUGUGUGGCCCCAAAUUCUGCUCUAUGAAGAUAACCGAGGAUGUCAGAAAGUAUGCUGAGCAACAUGGCUAUGGCGAUGCCGAGGAGGCUUUGAAGCGUGGGAUGGAUGCUAUGAGUGCUGAAUUUUUAGCUGCCAAGAAAACUAUCAGUGGGGAGCAGCAUGGUGAAGCUGGUGGAGAGAUUUACUUGCCAGCAACAUACCUAAAUUCCAAAGAGAGGACUAUGUAAAUGAAGCAGAUCAAUGGUAGAAUUGGCUACACAACCGGCCUUAUCUAUAAGGAUAGUGUGAAACAUUUUCAAGCUGGCUGUAGGAGAAUAAUACAAAGUUCAGUUUGUUGAUAACAUCUUAGAACUCCUAUCUUCAACUUUACUUUUGUUGUGAAUUAUCCAAUUGUCAGGAAUAAAUUGUGUACUAGUAUUUUGUUUGGUAUCAUCUUUUUAUCUUUCUGGGAAACUUUAUUAAUACCCAAGAUGCACCAGGGGUGCCUGAAUCUGCAUGAGCACUGGCUAUUAUUAAAGCUAGGAUGCUAGCAGAUCAGGCUGAGAUAGUCCCUUUGAACCUGAUCAGGGUGAUGCCUGCGUAGGGAGCGUGCAUUUUUCUCUUUCUUUUUUUGUAUGCUUCUGCAGGGAGUGUGCCUUAUAUACAAUGGUUUGGACUUAAGCCAAUCCUGGUAAGCAGAUUCAGUUUGUUGGCCAUGUUAAUUUCUAAGGGUUUAAAACUUUUUAAACUGGAAAAUAUAAUACAAAGAUCUGAAGUUAUUAGUUUGUUAAUAUAGAGCUAAGAUAAGAAAAUAUAGCAUAUAGCCUUUACUCUUCCUGCUAAUGUAUUUUAGAAUAGAAUGAAUUUUUUGGGCAUCCAAAGUUGGUGUACAUUUGACAUCAUCAAGAUUUAAGAGGUGAAAAAUAAAAGUUUAGUAUUGGAAUGGGGUCAUAUCGAUUUCUAAGGGUAUUGGAGUGUGGUAAUAUAGACUGCAGGGUUACAUACAUCUCAUGGUGGUAUUACAAGUAGCGUUUAUUUUGAGGUAUUGGGACGGAGACUGGGAGACUAAGACUCAGUAUCAUGUUUGUUGGCUCAGAGACUAAUACUAAAAUUUUAGUCUUUGUCACCCAAAUUUCAGUAUUUUAGUAUCUCUAAACAGUGGUGACAAAGGGGACUGAAAUUUUUGGGAACGGAGAUUGAAACUUUAAUAACAUUUUAUACAUAAAAUACUUUCAUUUCAAUUAAUUAAUUUCAACUUUACCUUUUGUGUAAAUUAAAUUAGAGUUUCAUUCUUAUUUCAGUCUGUCUCCCACUUUACACCAAACAAUACUGAGAUUUAUUUCAGUCUUUGUCUCUCAGUUUCAGCCUUUCGGUCUUUGUCUCUUUUUCAAACGCUGCCUGAGGGUGGUAGGGUUAAUUCCCUUGCUGUCUUAGCUCUACCUGUUUAUAGGACUCAAAAGGCCUCCAUCAAGGUGUCACUCUAGGGGUCUCCUGAAGAUUUGGUAUUGUAUUAGGAUUAAGGAAUUGAUUAAUUGAAGGUGCAGUUUGAGGAUGAAAUUGCAAUAUUGGGUCAGGAUCGGAGGUUGGAUUCCCAAAGAUUUGGGACUAGGAUUAUGGGAUCGCGGAUGUGAUUGGGCUGGGACUUGGAUCUGUGUGCGAAUUUACUUCUAAAGAACUUUACAUUGUAUUUUAUUCCUUGGAAUUCGAAAAUGUGCAAAUCAGUCAUUUAAACUUUUAUAAACAUGUGUUUUAACUAAAACAAAUGUAUUAUGCCUUGUUGAACUUUGUUUUUUGUGUGAAUUGCCUCUAAAAUUUCCUAAAUUGUACAACUUUGAUACACCAUGUUCUGUUAAAAAUGUCUUUUUAUUGUUAACAAUGAACGGAAAAGAUUAUCAUAUCAAUAUACUUGAUUUGCAGAUUUGGGAAAGUUUAGGUAGUUGAUUUGCACAGUUUUCGAAUUUUUCAGAAGUGCACAUGGUGUAAAAAUCAAAGUGGUGAAUUCCAAUUAUCCAUAAAACUAACAACUAUCUUACAUUAUACACUCGACUUCUCAAAAAUGUGUUAUUACCAAUUGUGGGACCCACAUAGGUGUUUCUAUGCUUGGAUUAUGAAAGUGUUGUGAACAAUUACCAACAUAGUCAUUUAGUCAAUGAGUGACAGUGCAUCAGAAACAGGAAGCAAACCCAGCAAGAAAAGCAACAGUAUCUACUCAUAUUAGCUUUUACUUUUCACACAUUACUUGAAAAAAAAUGCCACUUUUUCUAACCUCCUUAACCCACCCUUUUGGCACAUGCCCUUGUAUCCUUACAAACAAGCUCUAUAGUAACCAAAGAUACUCACAUGAUAAACACAAAUGUAUGAACUUGUUUCAUUCCUCACUCAAGCACACUUCAAGACCUUCUCUCAUUUUCACAGUUCAAACCUUUUUCAACAACUGUGCUUCUCUGGGUCUUACCUGUAUUCCUUUCAAAAUCACCUCACAUAUAUAAAAAUCUUGAUGAUUAGUACCCAAAAUUAAAGUUAUAUGAAACACAAUGAAUCACACAGGCUACUACUUUGAGAACAAAAGCUUGUCCUUGAGGAACAACUCUAGGAGGACUAAACCGGCUAGAAUUCGGCGCGAGCCGAGAUGCAUCUUUGGGAUUUGUUGGUGUUCGGAGUUCUCUCCCAUUGAGUUUCUUAAGGGUGUUGCUGAAAGAUUGACAAGGGCUAUGUGCUGUGGUUCUGUCAGUAGACGACGACCCCUGAACAAAGGGUUGUCGACGUCUGUAGGAAAAUCGAAGCUGACGGCGGCAUCAUCUGUUGAUUAUUAUAGGGCAGCUGCAGUUGAAGACUGCAUUGAGUUCAUCCACACUUCGUUCUCAAGAUCAAAUUCUUUAACCGCUGCACCAACUCCUUCCAGGGAUGAAUUUAUGCAUGCUUUCUUGAGAAACUUUGAAUCACAGAAUGUGUGAAGCUAUUAACCUGUUCUUGCUGCUGUGUGUCUGUCUACCUUUUGAAUGUGUUUAGUUUCACAAAAACGAUGGUGCCAUCUGAUGAUUACUAUGUAUGGUUGUAUUUUGUGUUUGUAUCAGCAGAACUAGCUGUGUAGUAUUUUGAUGGGAUUCGAAGUUCUAAACC